UAAUCAACAUCGUCGUUGCCUGACAAAUUCCUAAUUCUUUUUUUUCCGAGAGCGUCGACGCCGAUAGUCGCCGACAGAGUUUCUGGUUCUCACGACAGACUCAUAAGAUGAAGGAGACGAGAAAUCUACACGAGGCUGAAGUGGUUGAUAGAAAGAGAGUUGGAAAAAUGCAGAAGAAGAAGAAAGAGAAAGUGAGCAAUGUUGACUCAAGCGAGGCUCAGGCUACGCUCCAAGCUAUUUUAAGUGAGAAAACCAAAGGAAAGAAGGUCGAAUUGAAGAAGAAGAAGAUACAGAAGAGUAAAAGGAAGUCAGAGGAAACAAAUAGCUCUCCAGUUGAUGGUAAGCUGCAGAAGAAGAGGAAAGCUAAAGCAGGCAACGUUGAAAUAGUUGACCAUUCUCAAAUUACGCCGGAAGCUAAUUCAAAUGAGAAAAUCAAAGGAAAGAAGCGGAAGUUGAACAAGACGAAGAAUAAAAAGAAGGCCGAGGAUAAAUCUAGUGGCCAUGUUGAUGAUGACGAUGAUCAUCUGAGACAAGAAGUUGAUAAAGACAAAAGUUUCAGUGAAGCUGUGAAUGCUGGCAUUGCUGAUAAUGGAACUGAAAUAAGAAACCGCAAGUCCAAGAAAUCAAACAAGAAAAAGAAGUUGAAUUCGACCUCUACAAAACAGAAUGAAAAGUCUUCAGAAAAGAUGAACGAAAUUGGAGAGCAGGAGGAGGAUGUUUAUCAAAUUUCUUCAGGCGAUGAGGAUUGCUCCAGAGGAAUGAAAAAGUGGGUUAGUGAUUACUAUGAGAGUAGACCCAGUUUAGACGAGCUGCAAAAGAGAAUCGAUGACUUCAUGACUACUCACGAAGAACGCCUUGAACAGGAGAAACAAGACCGAGAAGCUAAAGCUGCAGAAGGUGGAUGGACUGUGGUCGUGCAUCACAAAGGAAGGAAAAAGUCAACAGAGUUCGAAUCUGGAACAGCCGUUGGAUCUGUUUCUCAAGCUGCUUUGGAGAAUAAGAUUGCUAAGAAGAAACAGAGUGAGACCGUCGCUCAUGGUUUCUACCGUUUCCAAAGGCGAGAAGCACAACGCAAUGAACUCUUGGAGCUUCAGAGUAAGUUCGAGCAAGACAAGAAGAGGAUACAACAACUUAGAGCUGCUCGUAAGUUUAAGCCUUACUAAGAAAGAACAGAUCCCACAUGGAAACACCAUGAGCUUUAUUAUGGGUUUAGACUCUCAUGAAAGCUGAUGAGCAGGAUCAUGAAUGUGUUUUAUGAUCAGUUUUUGUAACUGACAAUUUUAGGCCAAUUAAACAGAAAUGUGUUUUUCCCUUAUGUUUAGAUUAGAUCAUCCUUUUGAAAUCUCAUACUAAUAAAAGUUGAAGCUAUAUGCUUCU